AUGGCGGGCGUGAUGGACGUCGAGCGGACGCGGCCACGGAGGGAGAGGACCUUCGUGGGUAGCGAAUGCGCCGUUUGCGAAGAGCCGCUGGAACAUACUCUUCGUGGAGAACGCAUCCUCCAAUUAUCAUGUGGCCACGUUUCUCAUGAAGCAUGCUUUUAUGAGUAUAUCAAAGAAUUUGAAUCGCAGUACUGCCCGACGUGCAGUGCCCCUCUGGCACUGGAUAGUAAUCGAGGGGGAAAUGUGCUUGAUUUAGAAAAACUCUCCAAUAUUGUUCGCUCUGUAUCUGUUAGCGAUGCGGCCAGUCAUAGGGGCACUCAGAAUACCCCCACACCAUGGGAUGUCAAUGGUAAUCGUGGACAUGGAGAUAGCAUGUCCAGUAUUCGCGACAGCCGUGAUCCCCGCCGCCGUCAUAGUAGAGAUACCAAUAGCCAGCGGGAGAGAGUUGAGCGUUUAACAAGUCCUUCGACCCGGCAACGACAUUCGCGCUCGGAUAGUGGUACUACCGGAGCUGCGUCCUCGGGCGACUAUGGAGACGGCCGGCACCAUAGCACCGGGAGGCGGCAUGAUUACGAUGUACAGGCCAUGGAGUCCGACCUUAGCCCGCGCCCAGGUGUCAUACGGAACCCGAUACCGGCCCCAAUUGUGACCGUGCGUAGCGAGUUCCCCACCCUCAACAGGGCGCGACAACAGCAGUCCUUGACUUGCCUGGUGACCGUUGAGGUUCCUGAGGGAAAUUGGCAACCUGACGUGGAGGAUCUGCGUCAUACGGCCCAUUUGCCACCUCUGCGUAACGAGGAGCUUGCGAGUCCAACGAUCAAGCAACCUGCGCGAUCGUUGCCUGUUCCGUUUGAAUCACAAGAGGCCCUAGAGGAAAUUACGGAGGAUUUGCGCGUGCGCGUCGAUAACUGGCAUGGCUUGGAAUUCCAAAGGUUUGGAAAGCUCAAGCUACAUGGGACUGUCCGUGUUGGUAAAGAUCGGGCGUCGUGGCAAGAGUUGGAAUGCUACCUCUUCGCGGAGAUGCUUAUUUGCGUCAAGGAGAAAAAGAAUGGGCAUAACCAAUUUGAAGACCCGAGAACGAAACGUACAAUGACGAGGUGUACGCUGAAGGGUUCUAUUCUUAUCAAGAAGCAUUUGAAAGACGUGGAAUCUGUGCCAGGUGAUAUAUUCCCUUCUCCUAAACCCGCCGCCCACGAAUUUUGUCAUACAAUUGUUCCUAACCUUAUCACAGAGGAACCUAUUUUGACGCUAAAUCUGUCCGUUACGGAGCUGCCAUGCUUCCACCUUCAAUUCCAGAGUCGCAAUCAGCUGGAGCUUUGGAGGCGAGCGCUCCUUGAUCUCCAAAACCGCGACCCAACGGUAGGUCGGAACCCAGACUAUGAUAUGGAUAACUCUGGCCCAGAGGAGGAUGACUAUCGGACUCAUAAAACGAUGAAACGUGUUUCAUCCACCACUUCAUCGUAUGGGGCAGCAAAAUCCAACAACACCGCAUUGACCGAUUAUACCAACUCUAUCAGAGACGUUUUACCCCUCAGCUUCCACGUGCCUCUCGAUCUGGUCGUCGUCAUCCCUGUCUCCUCAUCCAUGCAAGGGCUCAAAAUCACCCUUCUCCGCGACACGCUCAGGUUUCUCGUACAGAAUCUUGGCCCACGAGAUCGGAUGGGCCUCGUUACGUUUGGCUCUAGUGGUGGAGGCGUGCCCCUGGUCGGCAUGACUACAAAAACCUGGAGCGGAUGGGGAGCCAUUCUUAAUUCGAUACGCCCUGUUGGGCAAAAGAGCCUUCGCGCAGAUGUCGUUGAAGGGGCAAAUGUGGCCAUGGACCUGCUCAUGCAGCGUAAAUCGAAUAACCCGAUCUCAACGAUUUUGCUGAUUAGUGAUUCGUCGAUUUCUGAGCCGGAAAGUGUGGAUUUUGUUGUAUCUCGUGCUGAGGCUGCGAAGGUUGGAAUCCAUUCGUUUGGACUGGGUCUCACCCACAAGCCCGAUACCAUGAUCGAAUUGUCCACGCGGACGAAGGCCUCGUAUACUUACGUUAAGGACUGGAUGAUGCUUCGAGAGUGCGUCGCAGGAUGUCUGGGAUCGCUCCAGUCUACCUCUCACCAAAAUGCGAAGCUCAAGCUGCGUCUACCCGAAGGUUCUCCAGCGAAGUUCGUAAAGAUUAGCGGCGCUUUGCACACCACCAAACGCGCAGCGGGUCGGGACGCAGAGGCCGCAUUGGGCGAUUUAAGAUUUGGUGACAAACGGGAUAUCCUUGUCCAACUUGUUAUCGCUCCUGACAAUACGACGCAGGAACAUGUACCUCAGGACGCCUGGGAGAGCAUUGUUUCUGGCCUCGAAGCCCUGGGCGGACCCUUCGAUGGCGAUGAGCAGCGCAUCGUUAGUGUGGAAGAAGUCCCUCUGAUUCAGGCUGAUCUCACAUAUGGAGACAUUCUUCGCGAAGGCCACUUAACGCAUUCGCCAAGACCAUCUCUGCUUGCCAUCACCAUGCUUCCUACCUCUCAGCGAUCCAAGUCCGGGAGACCCGGUACACCACCCAUCCCACCCCACCCCUCAAUCGUCCAACGGCGCAUGGAACUCCUUACCUCAGACAUGCUCACACGAGCACUCACCCUCGUCUCGCGCUCUCAGCAAGACCGCGCGCACCACCUCCUCACAGAAACCCGCAGCAUCCUCAAGGGCCUCGGAAAAGGCGGCCUCCCGCCUCUCCCCCCACCCGCUCAAAAACCCAACCCAGACGCCACAAGCACCCUCAACUCCUCUAACUCAUCCUCUCCGCGCUCCUCUGAAAUCCCCGACGGCAGCAGCAACAGUACCGCUACCACCAGCCAUACCAGCUCUAGCCCCCCAUCCAACACCUCACCCCACCCCCCCUCCAACCCGCCUUCCGAAACCGCCACCAUAACCCCACCCGUCAACGCUGUCGACAGCGCCAUCAUCGCCGCCCUGGACGCCGACCUCGAAGCCGCGCUCGAGUGGAUAAACCACCCAGCCGUAUUCGGGCGAGAUUCGCGCAAAGCGGUGCUACAGGCCAUCGGCGUUAUUUCGUCGCAGCGGGCGUAUUCGUUCCGCACGCUGUCGGAGGCCCAUUGGGCAGAACGUGUAGCGGGGAUUAAGCGGUUGACGGAGCGCUCGAGGGAGUGGCGGGAGAUUGGGGAUGAUUCGUUGACGGAGGAGUGA